UCCGCAUCGAAGAGGUAUCGAGCUAGUCGGUUUGCUGGUGCAGACCCGCUGGGGUAAACGGUUCGCACUUGGGUCUAUGGAGGGAGGGGGGAGGCGUGGCACAUCAACGAGCCAUCAAAGGCUUUCGAAUCUGGCCCGACUCCAGCAACUCUCCACUAUUACGCCGGCCAAACCGCCGUGUGGGCCAUCGCCAACCCCAAACCUUCGUCCCAUCCCUACAACCGCACACACACAUACACAAACACACUCUCCCGACCCUCGACCGCCCACUCCCCGCCCUUCUCCCCGCGAAUCCCAGUGACCACCGGCCAUACCCAUACCGCAACGGCCACCUGUAAUUCCAUCCGUCUCGGUGCUUCCUGUGUCGCUGUUCUUUGAUCAUCCAUUUCGGCGCGUGUUCGGGCACACGUCUGUCAGUUGUCUGCUGUCUGUCUCUUCGCCUCUUUCGCCCUUUCACCCUUUCACCCUCUUCCCCCACACCCUUCCAAAACAGGCGUCAACCCCAGCUCCGUCGAACCCGUCAAACCCCGUCCCGUCCCGUCUUCUCCUGCCAGCCUCUUUCCUGCAUUUUGUCGUCUGUCGCCGUCGACCUCCUGGGAUUCUGGACCGUCGACUUAUUGCGCGCAUCGCACGUAGCCUCUAUUGAUUCCAACUCGAUUUCGCCCGUAUUCAUUCGUUACCAUCUGGACGCUGGUGCUAGGAGGGUGAGCCCGGCAAAUAAUAUCUCGCGAAAACCGACGACGCUCUGCACCAACAGACGAAUCUCGACGCCAAUUGACCCGCCGACCGUCGCUCGAUACACUCCUCAACGCUUGCUCACUGGCUGUGGAAUUGGAGGGUUCUCUUGUGCCUGAUCUGUCGACGUUCCUUUCUCGCGAGGCCGAUGUCCCAUCAUGGUUAAAUUGCGAUUGGUUUGUGUUGCCGCCAUCAUCAACACACCGCCCAUCUCCUCUUUACCUGCGCAAUAAGACCUAGGUGGUCGUUGUCGACCAAGAAUCGAAGCCAUGGAUCCACUACAUAUCACCGAGUUCGGUUCGGAGCGCUAUCUCGAGAAGGUCCAACAGUCUCAGGCCCAGACACAGGCAAAUGCUUCCCAAGGGCAGGGGGCAGUCUCGACGCUCCUCCAGUCCCCCUUUAUUCUCCCUAUUCGCGAGUCCGGCGCCACGGGCUCAGAUGUCGGGGCCAAGUCGAACGAGCAAAAGCGUCCGGAAAAGAAGGGAUUCAGCUCCUGGAGGAACAGAUUUACCAAGCCCCCAGCAGUCCCACCUUCGAGUAUCUGUGAACAGCCCGAACGUCGUCCCCCGUUGCCAGAAUCGACAACCAAACAGCCGCUGCCUUUCGAUCAUUUGUUUGCCGCGCUGCCGAACGAACUGCAGGUCGAGAUCAUCGCAUCACUUCCGCUCUCUGAUGUCUUGAACCUUCGACUGGCUUCGAAAUCCCUUCACGCUCUGGUAUCGCUGAACGAAGUCCCCAUCACACGCUACCACCUUGACUACCACAUACCCGCGUACGCCAAACGGCUCUACCCUUUGCCCCAGGGGCGUUCGCUCAACUUUCACUAUCUGUGCGGAAUUUGGCAUCGGCUACACGUUGCCGCCAAGCUGUCUCACCUAAUGUGCCAGUUGAUAAUCAGAGAACAGUUGCUCCUCAACACUGAAGAAAAGAGGAGGCAGUACGCCCCUCAAACAGAGCGGAUGCGCCGCCGUCUGAUUCCCAUUUUGUUUACCGUGUUCCAUUUCUUCGAAACGUACCGGAAGCUUCACCUCAAAUACAUGGCCGAACACGACGGCUUCGGCCUAUCAAAGACGCCUUAUACGGUCAAUCCAAUCGAGGCCGAGAUCAUGAACAUGUACGAAGACCGCACACUCCUGCGCGUUCAUGAGGCCUUUCCCCUGGUAAUAUGGGCCUUUUGCAGAAGGCUCCGACCACCAUCCUAUGUCGGCCGCGUCGAGCGAUCGCUGAGGGGUUACCUUAAAGAGAGACCACCUGACGAGGUCCAUGUUGCAGUGUUGUGCCUCGGUGGCAUGCGGGAAGUCUUGAGGCUCUGGGAGGUGAAGGGUUACAAUGCACGGCGGGCGGCCGUCGAUGCUUGGUAUGAGUCGAUUCUCCAUGAACAACCGGUGGAGCCGGAGCCGAAAAGAAGACGAGGGAUGCUGGGCCUCAAGAGGAAGAAGUCUUCUUUCAACAUGGGCAAGACGAAUGGUCAUGGGCACGAGGCACAGCACGGCGCAAACGACGUGAGCGCAACACGCGGGAAACAGCCAGACAGCCUCGUUUUUCACACCAGCUUAGCGGCUGGUAUGCCUAUGGCCGCCCUGAGCAAGGACGAAUCCAAACUGUUGUACCCUGAUCUUCCGGUGCUGCAACGAAUAUGGCUGGUCACAGCUGAGGCCAUGAUCUUGGAUCGCAAAAUUGUCGAACGACCGGCACAUAUACAUCGCAACGCCCAAGUAUUUACCGAUUUGAUUUCCGAAAGCGGCAUCGAUGAAGAAGACCAGUGGCUCUAUGGUACCACCGCACCGGAGUCUGUCAGGCCGAACCUGGACGCUAUUGAAGAAGACCCAGAUGAAUAACCGGAAAGGAGCCCGGUGAAUUUUUAUCACGCGGUCUCUGUUUAGCCAGCAACAAGGACGAUCUGCUGACGUCCGCUCACUACAUCACCGCCAAAACGCCCUCUUACGUCAUUAUUUUCGGCCCCAUGAAGAGACGGCGGCUGUAAAACAUCGAUACCAAGACAUUUCUACCAAGACACAAUUUUCAUUUGUCCGUUAUGGGGUUAUAAAAGCAUUUAUGGGCGUUUCAAGUGUUUCCUUUUUCAAGCUGCUGCUUGUUCCGGAAAGCCGAUAAGCUCGGCGAGGAACUCGGGCGAAGAGGGUCGGCAUUGCGAGACAAUAUGGUGUACGGGAUCUGUUGUUAAAUAUUGGAAAUGGUCCACGGGCCGCUUGGGGUUUCGAGCCUGGGGGGUUGUUUGUCGUAUUUGGGUCUUUUUUUUUGAGGCAUAAGGGGGCACACGGUGUGCCUUUUCACCUUACGGGUCAUAGACCGCUCUUCUUUUUGUCACCUCUUGCUCUUGGUGUCGUUUCAUCUUCUUUUCUUAAACUGCAUACAUACCCAGGAGUCAUCUCACAGAGACACGGGCGCUUGCUGUACCAUUGGUCUCGCUUGAGCUGCCUUGGCUCGAGUCAACUGGAUGCCAGUUAGGUGGUGGACUACAUAGACACGGGAAAGACGCCUCCGCCCCUCCAUCACAUCACAUGGCCUCUAAUUAAAGUACAUUAUUCAUCAUUUGCUGCUAUGGGGGAAAACAUUCCCACGU